GAGAGUCAGUUCGCCCCGUGACACCGACGGGACCCAUUCAUGUUACUCGUGUACUGUAGCGUAGACACUUAAAGUAAAGCCGGUAGUUUAUAAAAAUACCGUAGGGCCCAGCCGAUUCUACCGAUAGAAUAUUUUUUAUAAAUACAAAUUCUGACGCAGCACCAAUUUAUUCAAAUGCACACAGUUACCUGCGUUUCGAUAAUUUUGACAAGUUGAUUAGUAGAUUUUUGAAGCUAAUUGAAAUAAGGAAUUGCAAAACACACGUCCAGUUUCGCUAGUGCAAAGAGUAACGACUGACUUGUAAAAUUUAAGAAACUAAAAAUAGUCCAGUGAUUGUUAUCUGUGAUUUAUCAUUUUUCUGAGGGAGAGGACCAAUUAAGAGUUCAUCUCGACAACGAAAGUUUUCAUUAAUUUCGCACUUCAGUGAACACCCGACCACUGCUGGCCACUUUUGUGGCAGAUUAAUACAGAAUAUUUUCCCCAAAUGUUGAUAAGAAACUGCGUUGAUUAGGUCUGUUGUGACACGUACGUCGAGGCGAGCGAACUAGCGAAUAUUUUGUAAACACAUCAAUAACUAGAAAUGGGAUGCAACACGAGCAAGGAGAGCGUACAAGCUGGUGCGGAAGAGGCCAAGGAGGAUGUUAAGAACGGUGACAUUCCAAAAAGUGCUGGAAGCCAAGUGGACAAAGAGGAGGAAGUGAGCCAAAAAGUUGAUUCAAUCGAGGAGACAAAGCAGCCGGAAACAGUCGACGAAUCAAACGAAUCGAGUGAUAAAGAGAAAGAGGAGGCUGCAACGAGAAUACAGGCAGUGUUUCGGGGUCAUCAGGCGAGAAAGAGUAUGAAAGAUACUGAUACAUCGUCGCAGGGUAAAAAUAACUCUGAGGACAGCGAACCAACCAUCGAACAACUGCAGGAGGAAUUCCGAGCGGACGACGUUGAUCUGUGCAACGCAGCAACGAAGAUUCAAGCAUCUUUUCGUGGCCACAUGUCGAGAAAGGAGCAGGCUGUUUCCUCGGUGGUGAAGGCCGCUGGGGAUAUGGUGCAGAGUGUAGGAGAAAAAAUUGAGGAAAAGGUCGAUGAUGCGGUCAAUGAGCUCGAGGGAAUCGAUCUAACUGAUCCGGAUCUUCACAAAGCUGCAACGAAAAUUCAAGCGAGCUUCCGGGGUCACAAGGUGCGCCAGGAAGGACCCGAGGCUCCCAUCAAGAAGUAAAGGGGGAUGUAGGAGGAUGUGGGAAGUAGCUGUGACCCAAGAGCAUAGGACAAGACAGAGUAGUAAAAAGGAAAUGAAGCGCUGGACUUGAUAUCACAUUUUUUAAAGUCAUUUUUUUUUCUCCCAAUUGUUUCAUUUUACAACCUUACUCGAGUGAUCGCAGUAACUGGCACAGAUAUUGGGGUAAAUCUGGCUGAGUUUACUGAAGGGCGCCUGGGUGUCUAAUCCCAAGAAGAGCGCGGUGAAAUGAAUACUGCGAUCAUUGGAAUGGGAUGGAUUUUCCUUUUGUCUCUUACUGUUAAAUGCCUCUGUCAAGAACACCGAAAGUCGUGAACCACUUCUGCCUCACUGUAAUUACGGCUGAGAAAUUCUUGUAUCUCAUGCCAACAAUUACAGAGAAUAAUUCAGUUUAAAAUUAUGAAGAUGAGAGAAACUCAAUUUUAUUCCAAUUUUAAUGUACUCGAGUCUAUAUAGUAUCUCAAAUUAUUGAAGCCUACCUUCCCCCACCGUUCAUUCACAAAUUUGCCAUUAGUGAGGAUGGGAAGGUCCGUAGAUUUUAAAAAUGAAUGAACAAUGGUUACAUAGAUGAUACAAGAAUACCUUAAUAAAAAAAAUCUUUUUAAUACACGAAUAUUUGUAGACGGUACACUGUAAGAACUGAAAGCAAUUUUGAAUAGGAUUAAAGAACAUGUGAAUUACGGGCAUGAUUGGAGAGGUGCAACUAUGAGGUAAUUACUCAUGCUUUGAAUUUUCGGAAGAAUUGGUUUUGUAAACAUGCAGGAGAGUUGAUAGAAAUCAACUUUUUGUGACGAAGAAACACGAGGUCCACACCUACGGUCUCCCUAUCAUUUUUCUGCACAAACGUCUGAACAGGGCUUAAAAAGUUAGACUCCAUCUUUGCCGAGUGAUUUAAUCUAGACUAAAAUUUACCUUUAAAUACAAAAAAAGGGAAAAACCCAGUACCGAUGUAUGAUAAACAAAAACAAAAAGCUAAAUAAUGGGAACUUGCAGCAUUUGAUAAUCAUUUGGACGUUAUAUACCGAUUUUUUUUUCUUUUUUAGUAAUGUUUGUGUUUUUCACAUGUUUCUAAUGCAAAUCAUGACGGGAAAAAUUAUUACCCAAUUUGCAGAUUACGAUACUGCAAUGAGACUUGUGACCCUCAAACACAAUUCCAAAAUACUUCAGAAUUGAAUAUACUUUAAGAUAAUAAAUCACUAUUGAUUAUAAAGAUGAAGAAAAACAAGCACGCUCUGCCCUACCGCGGAUGUACGUAGCAGCAAGAAAUGUACUAAAUCGUUGCAAUCGCUUGACGUAUGAGAAGAAAAUGAUUUGCGCGUUCUUUAGACACAUCGUCAGUUGUCUUCAUUCAAUAGUCAAAAUACUAUAUUUUUCCGUGAUAGAUCGCCACCGUAGAUUGCAACCAACCGAAAUGCUUGCAAAUUCUUGAUUCGAGUGAUUAUGUAGAUCGUGUAUGUGCUCGUGAUGAUGAUAAAGGGAAGAAGAAAAUCUUGUAGAUUGCGAUUAUCGAAGUUCUAGUCUAUUUGCUUUGCUAGCAGUGAGUUGGUAGACAUUGUUUUUAGCAGGCCUAAAAACUUUAUGUGAUUCUUGUGAGUUAUUGCUUUGUUUAUUUUAAUCACCACAAUAAUAAAUGACUAAAUUAUUCAUAGUUGGUAAUAUGAAUUCCAAAGUGAAAUACAAUUAACAUUAAUAUACUUUAAAAUUACAAUGAAUAAUGGAAAUAUAAUAUUAAGUUACUAAUUCGAAUCAUCAUGCACCACGUUUGUAGAUAAUAAAUGAUAUACGUUCUGUUUUUAUUUCAAUAACACUGAAAAAAAAACAACAUUAUCAGACACGUUGAAAUGUCAAUUGACCCAAUACUCGAUUCUACUCGAUAGAUUCCAGGAUAUGCUUUUAGGCCACUGAUUAAGAUUUCAGAAAUAGAUUAGUGUGAUCAUAGAAAAUGUAUCGUUUAUCCACUUCCCAGAAAUGUUCAAUAAAAAUCGGCGGAGCAAUGUUCACGAGAUCGAGUCGAUCAUUUCAGACAUGCAGGAAACUGAUUUUUAAACAACCCACGAGAUAAUAUUGUAUAAUUUAAAACAAAUUAAUGAUAAGUUCAAUGUUCAUUCCAUAUACUUUGUCAAUAAUUCCGAGGAACAAACAUUUUUCAUGAAGUGGAAAAUAAAUACCAACAAAAAAUGAUAUUUUUGCAGUGUUUGAGAACGAAACAGACAUUUUCUAGGAUGAUGCUACUUAACUCAUCGAGAAUCGAGUUUAUUCUGCACACUGUGCUGAGCUGAAGUGGCCGAACUAUUAUAACAUAAGUGAAAAGACAAAAAAAGGAAGAAAACAAGAAAUUGUCAUGUUCAGGAACAGAAACAAAUACCAUGUAUGUAAUCUGUUUGAUUUAAAAUAAAUAUUCACUAAACGUAUAA